AUGGAGGAUGACCCAGCGCCACCACCCAGCGGUGGUGCUGAAUUGUUCAGUCUACCGGCUGGACCGGCGACGCUGUGCUUCGACAAAAAUGAAUUCAUGAAGAAAACCUUCUCCGUGGACGAAUUCCUGCACGAGAACCGAAACGCGGGCACGCUGGAAAACAUCCGCGAUGAUCUCGGCCUGUACCUGAAGGUGCUGCGAUCGGCAAUGAUUGAGCUGAUCAAUCAGGACUACGCCGACUUCGUGGACCUGUCAGCGAAUCUGAUCGGUCUGGAUCAGCAAAUCGACGCCAUCGGAGGCCCACUGGAGAAGCUGCGCGAUGAAAUUGGUCUCGUGAAGAGCGCACUCGUGGGAAGCAUGGACGAGAUCGCCGACUGUCUUGAGCAGAAGAAAGCCCUCCGGGCGCACAAAAAAUCACUACAGAGCCUCGGCCGGGUACAGGGUUCGCUGGAAAAGCUCAAAAGCAUGCUGCUCGGCGGUGGUCGAAAAGAUCCGUCCGAUGCGACGCUCCUGGAGCGGGCUGCGCUGGAGUCGAUCCAGCUGCAGUUCAACAUCAAAUUCUGCCGUAACUUUCUCGACGACGCCUUGCAGCAGAUGGCGCAGGACCUGUGGAGUGAGCUGCUGGCCCGUUUGCGCGGUUAUUUCCUGCGCGCACUGGAAGACGCUGAUCCAAAGGAACUGGAACGAUGCCUACGUAUCUACUGCACGCUGGACGAGUGCCGUACGGCGGAGGACGUCUUCCGGAGCGAGAUCGUCGCACCGUACAUGAACCGGGUGAUCUCGGAGAGUAGCCUGCAGAACUCCCCCCAAGGCCUGACGGGUAUCUACAAUCAGAUUCUGGACUUCGUCUCGAUGCGCAUGAAGCAGCUGCACCAACUGACGAAGCGCAACGGCAAGGUGAAGGGAUACGGCUUCAUCGUGAGCAGCUUCUGGACCGAGGUCGAGCGGCGCAUGGAGACGAACAUGUCGUCGAUCUUUGCGCCCGGUAAUCCGGAUGCGUUCUAUCAGAAGUACAAAUGUACGCUCGAGUUUCUCGAACGCAUCGAGCUCAUCAUCGACGACGUGGAGGAUGUGGCUCAGUUCAAGGCGCAUCCGCAGUACCGCAGUUUUCAGCUACGCUGGAACCUGCCCGUUUACUUUCAGAUCCGCUUUCAGGAGAUUGGGUCCGGGUUGGAGGCUUGCUGCAGCGAACCCACUUCCCGUCAGCUGGCGUCGAGCAUCUCCGCGACGCAGUUCAACGUGGCCCAGUUUUCUGCCGCCCUGACGGCCAUUUCCAAGUGCUGGCAGGAGGGUGUGUUCCUGCCGCAGCUGUUCCACCGUUUCCUGAAGCUCACGCUGCAGAUCUUGGGUCGGUUGAGCGUCUGGUGCGGUGAAGCGCUCCGUGCACCGCCCUCAAAGCAAGAAACCACGGAAGGAUCGGCAUCUGAGGAACAGGCGGCUCGGUUACGCUUCCUCGUGGCGGUUUACUCCGAUCUGGGCAACAUCGAACUGAAGAUCCCGUCCAUCGUAAACCUUGUGGCGGAAAAAUCCCCGACCGGAACGGCAUCUCGCGAGGAGUUGGAGACCGCACUUGGAGAGAGUGGAAUCACAUUCGGGACGUUACGGACUCAAACACAGCAAGUAAUCGUGAGGGAGUUGAUCACCGCCAGUCUACCGCACCUGCGCCAAGCCAGUGACAUUCCGCGGUUGUACCGGAAAACGAACCGGGAGCUUCCGAGUCGUUGCUGUUCGUACGUGGAGCAGCUACUCGAACCAACCGACUCGUUCCGGAAGAAUUACGGCUCGAUGAUCGCACCCGAGCCCAUGCGAGAGUUCCUGACCGGGGUGUACAGCCACGUGACAGUGCAAUACUACCAAGUGAUCGAUGAAGUGCUCACCUCAGUGCAGAAGACGGAAGAAUCAUUGAGGCGGUUAAAAAAUUUGCGCGAACGCUCGACAACGACGGGCACGAGUGUGUCCGCUCCCGAUCGUACCGGGGCGUCGGAUGACGACAAGAUCCGGCUACAAUUGCGCGCGGACGUCAUGCAUUUCGUGCGCCAUCUCGAGGAGCAGUACGCGAUCACGAGGCGUACCGUCGACAAGUUGCCCGAGUUGGUCGAACUCGUUGACGACGCCAUCAAGGGCCGACCCGGUGCCGGUGGACAACCGAUCCAGUAACCUGCUCCCACACCGCCUUGUUUGGUAUGUUAUGUCCUUUUUUUCUGCACCCCCAACCCGGUUAUUACCACCCAAAGAGUUCACCGGGGCGUUCUUCUUUCGGCUUAUAGUCAAAUAAAUCGUUUAAAA